AUGUUGUGGUCUACAGGUACGACUUUUGUAACUUCAUGGUAUACUCACGUCUUGGCAAGUUCUUAUUUAGAAGGAUGCAACUUCUUAACCGCUGUAGUUUUCACUCCCGUUAAUAGUUUAGCACACUCUUUGUUGUUACUGUGGGGUCCUGAAGCACAGGAAGAUUUUACUUGGUGUCAGUUAGGUGGUCUGUGGACUUUUGUUGCUCUCCACGGUGCUUUCGGAUUAAUAGGUUUCAUGUUACGUCAAUUUGAACUUGCUCUAUCUGUUCAAUUGUGACCUUAUAAUGCAAUCGCAUUCUCAGGUCCAAUUGUUGUUUUUGUUUCUGUAUUUCUUAUUUAUCCACUGGGUCAGUCUUGUUGGUUCUUUGCUCCUAGUUUUGGUGUAGCAGCUAUAUUUUGAUUCAUCCUUUUUUUCCAAGGAUUUCAUAAUUGGACAUUAAACCCAUUUCAUAUGAUGGGAGUUGCUGGUGUAUUGGGCACUGCAUUACUAUGCGUUAUUCAUGGUGCAACCGUAGAAAAUACUUUAUUUGAAGAUGGUGAUGGUGCAAAUACACGUGGCAUAUAA